AUGCCGGGCCUGGAGAUGAGCCCGUCGGUGGAUUCACCAGAUCAUCCGCUUUUCAGGUCCCACAAAACGCUCCCGCGGAGGGGCAUCCUUCCUUCAGAUACCCAACCGGUCUCGCCGGAGCAAACUGGCACAGUGGCCGCCCCGGCUCCUCCGUUGACUCCGCCCGGUGCGAUUCACGAUGCCAUGGAUGUUGAACACACACCCCGAAAACCCGACUCGCGCCCCGAGAAUUCGACGGGAAUGGUGACACCUCGCCGGCCGUCCAAACCUCCGACUCCUGAUGUUACACCUCCCCAACCCAUCUCGCUGAAGCGACCGCCGCUCAGCCAAUUUAUCCAUCCUUCCUCUUCCUCACGGGCCGAGUCCUUUCAAACCGCUUGCGAGGAGAUCUCUUCAGAUGGCGACAUGGAAACACCCGUUCAAGCAUCCCGGAAUGCGUCGCAAAGGAGUCGCCGAGUUACUUCGUUGCGACAGAAUGCGCCGAAUGCAGUCCGUGCGAGACUCACCUAUACCAAAGACACUCACCCGUCCACCUCCCAGCCACACAGUGAGACAGAGUAUGAAACAGGAUUCGAAUCAUUUGAUGGAGACUGGGCGACCAAUGGAUCGCCGACACCUCUGAAGGAAAAGCGACCCUCGAUUCGGCAAGGAAACAGUGCAUCGGGUUCCGAUAAGGACACGCUGGACGUGCUCCACCUGGAUGCUUCUUUAACGCGCGAAAUGAACCUACGUGAUCGAGUACGCAAGACCCAAGAAACCCACGAAGUUACCCCAACUGCUUCGAUGGAGCGAUUUCGCGAAGAGAUUGGCUGGCCAUCUUACGAUGCCUCUUCGCAAGCAGGCGACCCGGAGUCUCAUCGACUAUCAGCCGUAUCUUCCACGUCAACCGUGGAAGCGAUGAUUAUCGACUCUCCCAAGCGAGCCCAACGAUUGUUGCGACACACGGAAAAACGUAGCUCUCUCCGAUCGAUAAGUUCUCCCAUCACGAGGUCCGAGCAUACUUCGACUGCAUCAAAUCCUGACUCCCAGCGUCGCCUGGUCCACAAAGCCGCUCGCAUCUCGGAGGAGAAUCGUCGAAGCAUCUCGUCGGAUGUAUCUUUCUCCACCAAAACGAUUCCCAGCACGCCCCGUGCGUCAGCCGAGAUCAUUCCAGUAGUCGUGAUACCAGAGAGACGAUCGUCACUCCGCUCGGGUCCCAAUAGUCAGGUUUCUUCCAAGCAGGGUUCUCAACGGUCUAACCGACGUCCACCGGUAUCAGAGGGCUCGGGCUCAGUGAAUGCUCGUCAGAAAAAGCGAACUAUGUCUGAUUCAGCUUCUGCACGGCCCCGCGAUCUCGACUCGAGGGGUCGCCCCUUUGGUCAGCCGAUCAUCCCGCCUCGCAGCUCCUCGCUUUCUGCACCCACGAGUCGAAACAAUUCCCGCGCGACAUCCCUCACCUCGGAAAGCUUGCGCAGUCACACCUUGGCGAUGGAUUUGGAGAUGCAAAAGCGUCGAGAUCAGCAGCCGGUUUCACCGCCCCGUCACAACAUCUUGGGUCCUAAUGGUCAGGGUAAUGGUCAAAGGCAGACUUCGGGUCAAAGGCAGACUCCCAAAUUACCCACGUUCUUGCUGAGCGCUGAAGAGGAAGACGUGUCAACCCUGCGUCCCCCGUCCUUGCCAUACACCCAGUGGUCAAUUCCAUCUUCCUCCCCAGGACCUGUGGAGAUCCAUGAGGCCACUGCGGUUAGCCUUUUUGCCCACAAUAACCGAUCCUUACUUUUGGUUGACCAGCGACUGCCACCAGGGCUGGAAUCCCAGGCUGUCCCUGCAUUCCAAGAGAUCAGACGGCAAAUUGACAACCCCAAGACUCCAGAUAAUCCCAUUGACCCGACUGUGAACGUGGAUUCCCCAUUGAAGAACCCUCGUCCACCGCCCAAGCCUCCCAUCUACAAAGCUCCCCAUUCUAAACCUCUUCCUCCAAUUCCUACCCAAGCGGAGGGAAAUGUAGAUUCUGGCGAUAUGGGUCGGCAAGGCUCUCUUCGUCGCCCUUGGACAGCACGGCCUCGUUCCAACUCCUUCAAUACGCUAGUGCGCUCUCUGUCCAUCAAAUCAGCAAAGAACCGCAAAGCAGGACUGGAAAUGGACAGCCGUCUCCACCCCAUGUGGCGUCCACGUGCAUUUUGGGAAGACAUAUCCGGAUCCCCAAAGAAAAGAAACUCAAUCGGACGUAACCUCCACAACCCCGAAGAGACCCCGUUCGUCAACAACUCCCUCGGUCUCCCGCAGUACCGAAUCGUGAUCGAAGGCCCACCGUCGUUAUCUCGUCGCAGUCCCGAAAUGCGACGCCUAUUCAACGGCAUGCCUUCCGCUACGCAGUACAACGCCAGCAACGCCAGCCUGGUAGAUAGGGGUAUGUUCCGCACCGGAACACCCUUAUACCAGAAUCGCUACACCGUUCUGUCCAAAUGGGGAAUCCGCCUUCGCUCCAUGAACCUGCGUAACGUCCGGAAUCGUCUUAGACGUAUGCGCCAACGACGUGAUGAGAGGAAACGGGUAGCUAGACGGGAGAAUCUUAAACAAAGUAUUGGCGCUCCUAUCCAUGUGGUUUCUAGUGCGACACAUGGCAUUACACGUUGA